CCCAGGACGCAGCGUAGUAAUAAAUCGCGCGGCGCUCGGAAAAGGCAGCUCGCGAUCAUAAUAAAGACGUCACCCUGCCGCCGCCGCCGCCGCCGCUCGCGCUGGCUCCGGCGAGCCAAGUGCGCAGCUAUUUGUACGCUACAACAACAACAACCUCCAGCAGCACCAUGCCCGCGGAGGACGCAGGGAUUUCUGUGAGAUCCCCCUCGCCGAGCGGAGAGCAGAUCUGCGUCAGAUCCAGAGCAAAGGCGGACUGAAAUUGCUCCGGAUCUCUCUGCAAAAAAAAUAAAAAAAAUUAUAAAGGAAAAAAAAAAAAAAAACACACAGACUUGAUCGCGCUGCAGGAUCUUGACGCACCAAAUAGGACGCAGGACGAGGAUUUGAAGAGUCAUGGAGGAAACAGCAGCUGCAGUCCCUGCCUCUGGCACUCCUGUCACCACGCCAACUCCAAAACCUCCACCUUCCACUCUCGCCAACUCCCGCAGCCUGCUGGAGUGGAGACGGAGGGUGAAGUCUGAAUACAUGCGCCUUCGACAGCUAAAACGCCUUAAAAAAGCAGAGCAAGUCAAGACCCUGUUCAUGUCAAACAGGGAAAAAAUUGAGCAGCAGACGAAUCUCCUGAACGCAGAGUGGUCCAAGCUCAGGAUUCAGUCCAUGCCCCUGUCAACGUCUGGAGGAGCCCUGGCCAACAAGAAGAUGUGUACGGUGGAGUUCGGCUUCCCGGGAUUCAAAAGCCAAGCCAUCGCCAUGAGGCCGAUGUCGACGGUGGCAGGAAUCCCCUUCAUGUACUCCUGGUCACCGCUACAGCACAACUUCAUGGUGGAGGAUGAGACGUUUCUCCACAACAUCCCCUACAUGGGCGACGAGGUUCUGGAGCAGGAUGAGGCCUUUCUGGAGGAGCUCAUUGAUAAUUAUGACGGCGUUCAUGGAGACAGAGAAGGAGGAUUCAUCAGCGACGAGAUCUUUAAAGAGCUGGUUGAAGCUCUGAGCCAGUACUCCGACCAUGAAGAGGAGGAAGAGGAGGAGGCGGCGGGAGUCCGAGCCGGCGUCGAGGCGGCCGGGAAGAAAGAGGACGAGAGAAUGAUGAGGAGGAGCUCCACCGAGGGCUCGGAGGAGACCAAAACCGGAGCCGUGGCCUUCAUCAGGAGGAAGAGGAGGAGCACCACUGAGGUGAGGGACUUGUCCGGCAGCAAGAAGAUCCCCGACGAUAAGAUAUUCACAGCCAUCGCCUCCAUGUUCCCCUACAAGGGCACCACCGAGGAGCUGAAGGAAAAGUACAAGGACCUCUUGGAGCCCCCCAACCCGGUGAAGCUGCCCCCUCUCUGCACCCCCAACCUCGAUGGACCUUUUGCAAAGUCUGUGCAGAGGGAGCAGUCGCUGCACUCUUUCCACACGCUCUUCUGCAGACGAUGCUUCAAAUACGACUGUUUUCUCCACCCAUUUCAUGCUACACCCAAUGUUUACAAGAGGAAGAGUAAGGAGAUCCGCAUGGAAACGGAGCCAUGCGGCGUGGACUGCUUCCUGUUACAGAAAGGGGCGAAAGAGUUUGUGGAUCAGAACAUGCUGCGGUCGCAGAGGUCCCGGAGGCGACGGAGGCAGCAGCGUCCCACCAGCUCCAGCUGCCCCGGACCGUCCGGGUCUGCCGAGGAGGGCAAAGAGGGCGAGAGUGACCACGAAACCACUUCCUCCUCAGAGGGGAAUUCACGCUGCCAGACCCCCACCCGGCUGCGUCCCGGGGACGAGGACGGCGAGCAGCAGGCCUGCUGUGUGGUCCAGUGGAGUGGAGCAGAGGAGUCGCUGUUCAGGGUGCUGCACGGCACCUACUUCAACAACUUCUGCUCCAUCGCCCGCCUCAUCGGCACCAAGAACUGCAAGGAGGUGUACGAAUUUGCCGUCAAAGAGGUUCUGAUCCAUCGCGUUCCUCUGGAGGACGGAGGCAUCUCGCCUCAGAAGAAGAAAAGAAAACACAGGUUAUGGGCGAAGAUUCAGCUGAAAAAAGAUAACUCCUCCAAUCAGGUGUACAACUACCAGCCAUGUGACCACCCGGACCACCCGUGCGACAGCUCCUGCCCGUGCGUGAUGACCCAGAAUUUCUGCGAGAAGUUCUGCCAGUGCGAGCACGAGUGCCAGAACCGCUUCCCGGGCUGCAGGUGUAAGACUCAGUGCAACACCAAGCAGUGUCCCUGCUACCUGGCAGUGAGGGAGUGCGACCCAGAUCUCUGCAUGACCUGCGGCGCCGCCGACCACUGGGACAGCAAGGUGGUCUCCUGCAAGAACUGCAGCAUCCAGAGGGGCCUGAAGAAGCACCUGUUGUUGGCCCCGUCGGACGUCGCCGGGUGGGGCACCUUCAUCAAGGAGCCCGUCCAGAAGAACGAGUUCAUCUCCGAGUACUGCGGCGAGCUGAUCUCCCAGGACGAGGCGGACCGGCGCGGGAGGAUCUACGACAAAUACAUGUCCAGCUUCCUUUUCAACCUGAACAAUGUAGACUUCGUUGUGGAUGCCACUCGAAAGGGGAACAAGAUCCGCUUUGCAAAUCAUUCAGUUAAUCCCAACUGCUACGCCAAAGUGGUGAUGGUGAACGGAGACCACCGCAUCGGGAUCUUCGCCAAGCGGGCGAUCCUGCAGGGAGAGGAGCUCUUCUUCGACUACAGAUACAGCCAAGCCGACGCCCUCAAAUACGUGGGGAUCGAGCGGGAGGUCGACAUGACUUAGCUCCGCCCGGCGGCCACCCGUCCUCCCCAAACUAACGCUUCGCCUCCUCCCCGCAGCGUCGCAACGAGCCGACGAGUUUUCACCGACAGUCACCGUCUCUGCCCUCACUGCUGCAUUUUCCAAAAAUAGAAGCCCCCCCCCCCGCCUCUCCCCUCCCUCCCCCGCCGUCUGCAGGUGCUCCUGCUCUGCAAACACCGCAGCGCCUGCUGCUCCCAGACCUCCCCACCUACCUGUCACGCCGUGUAACGCCGAGCUUAUUCAACUAAACUAUUAAAGUGGAAAUACUAUUAAUCCAUAUAGCUUACUGCACUCAAGAGGAUCACACAGUCACAGAUUACUACCGUGUGUGUGUGUGUGCGUGCGUGUGUGUAUGUGUGUGUGUGUUCCCUCUUGCAGGUUUUGUUACUGUACUUAUAGACCGGCUUUUGUUUGACAUCUCAAUACGUACUGCUAAAGCUUUCCUAUCGUACCCGAUGAUGAUGAUGACGAUGAUGAUGAUGAUGAUGAUGAUGAUGAUGAUGAUGAUCGGUAAAAUGCAUGUGCCGUUUUUUUGACAGACCAUCCAUCCGAACAUGUUAGCCACAGAAUUUAGCUGCUGUUGCCGUGCAGUCACUCAGUAUCGUAAGUAUGAUGUUUCCCUCCUCUGGUCGUUUCCUCGGAGAACCCCCCUCCAACAGCUGGCGUUCUCCACCUCUGUGGUAAAAAUAAGUUAUUGUGCAUUUAUGUCACUGUUCUGCAAAAAAAUAGGCAACCAGACAAGAAACCGACUGACUGAAUGUAACCAGACGAUGGUGAAGAGGUCUCAUCUUUCUUUUCAUUUGAAACGUUGAUUUUCUUUGUUUUCUUUUUGGUACUCAGAGCAACAAAACAUUUCUCAUUGUGUUUACAUGAUCCUGAGAUCUUCACUUGUUACGAAACCAGUCACAGACUAAACGUCUUCCUUUAAAAGUCACAGAAAGUGCCAAACGAGUCCGCGGAGAAGCUGCUGAGCGCCGUGUGGAUGAGAUGUAUCAUGAAGUGAGCUCUUUUCAAGCUGAUCUUUACGAGUUUUUAACCAUGGGAAAAAUGAAAAUAUGUCUCUUUUUUGACCAAAUAUCAAAGUCCCCCAACAUGUGAAUGUAAAGUAUCGAUUGCCAUCUUUUAUUUUCAUUGAUUUUUUUUUUUUUACCUCCAGAUUUUUCAUCCACUGUUUGUCAAUUUUGAAUCAUUUGAAGGCUCACUUUGAAAAAAUGAGAUCAUUUUCAGUAGAGACGAACAAAAUGAAAGUUUAAUGCUAUGUACAGUGUAUGCCUAUAAAAAUAAAGGUUUAACUUUAUAUAUUA